CUGCAUUUGGUCACACCUAGCCGGCUUUCUGAGCGGCUUAGUUUUUGUUUUUACUAUAAAUCUCCGACUGAUAUGCAAGAUGUAUCCUGUGAGCUCCCAAAAAAGGUCCUGGACAUUCGCCAACGAGGGCCAACUGAUGGACUUUCGCGUGGAGCAGAACAGCAAGUACAUAGAGAGCCAUGAGCAGGAGGCACAGGGCCGCGACCUUGAGGAGCACUUCCUCACGCCGCCGGAGGAGCGCCUGUUGCUAAAGCAGUACGAGAUCUACCUGUUCGACUUUUGUCGUCGCUUCGAUCCGCCGAUGCCCAAAUGCGUGGUGGGCACAGCCUUCCACUACUUCAAACGUUUCUACCUCAACAACACACCAAUGGACUAUCACCCCAAGGAGAUUCUAGCCACGUGUGUGUUUGUAGCCUGCAAAGUGGAGGAGUUCAAUGUGUCUAUAAACCAAUUCGUUAACAACAUCAAAGGUGAUAGGAAUAAGGCUACAGAUAUAGUUUUAUCGAAUGAAUUGCUACUCAUUGGUCAGCUCAACUACUACCUCACUAUACACAAUCCAUUCAGACCCAUUGAGGGUUUCCUAAUAGAUAUAAAAACUCGCAGUAAUAUGCCAAAUCCGGAACGUUUGCGCCCGCAUAUUGAUAGCUUCAUUGAUUCCACUUUUUACACGGAUGCAUGUCUUCUUCACACGCCCUCGCAGAUUGCAUUGGCUGCUGUUCUUCAUGCUGCCAGUAGAGAGCAAGAGAAUCUCGAUAGUUAUGUGACGGAUCUUCUAUUCGUUUCUGCCAGGGAUAAGUUGCCGGGACUCAUAGAUGCCGUUAGAAAAAUCCGUAUUAUGGUGAAGCAAUAUCAGCAACCGGAUCGAGACAAGGUAAAGGCAAUCGAGAAAAAGCUGGAUAAGUGCCGCAAUCAGGCAAAUAAUCCGGAUAGCGAACUUUAUAAGGAGCGUCUUCGUCGAUUGUACACCGAUGAGGAUGAUAUGCCCGCCGAAGAUGCAUCAUUCCACAUAGCCGAUGUGAGCUCCGACACAUCUGCAAUGAAUAUAAGCCAAUAGUCAUAACCAAUAUUUAUUAAACGGUGUUAUUUUUGAAGAAUUUAAUUGAUAUUAAAACAUUUUAAAAAUA